AUGUCUCGAAUCGGACGAAAUAAUGGAGGAUUGACCUCAAAACCCGGUUGGAUUGGUGCAGUAGCACGUUUCUGGGAGAAAAGCUAUGCGCCAGAUUAUGUUGGCUUUGUAUUGCUGUUGACGGCAUACAUUUUGAUCGAAUUUCUUCAAGAGCCAUUCCACCGCAUGUUUUUUAUAAACAACAUCAAUAUUCAAUACCCACAUGCUUUGGUGGAGAGAGUACCCGUUGGAUGGAAUUUGAUAUAUGCAGGAGUUAUUCCAUGCAUAACCUUGGCUGUUUGGCUUGGAAUUUCGAAAGCGAACCUCCACAAAUCCCAUGUCACUAUGUUGGGCUUCUUCAUAGGACUGGUUCUCACAUCAUUUAUUACUGAUGUUAUCAAAAAUGCUGUUGGGAGACCUCGACCCGAUCUUAUUUCUCGCUGCAAGCCUACGCCUGAAACACCAGAAAAUAGAUUGGUAACCAUCCAUGUAUGCUCGGAAAAAGAUCACCAUACAUUGCAUGAUGGAUGGAGAAGUUUUCCUUCUGGUCAUUCUUCCUUUGCAUUCGCUGGACUUGGAUACCUCGCAUUUUUCUUUGCUGGACAAACACAUGUGUUCAGACCUAGAACUGAUCUCGGGAGGGUACUCUUAGCCCUCGCUCCAUUGCUUGGAGCUGCCAUGAUUGCGAUUAGUCGAUGUGAAGAUUACCGUCAUGAUGUGUAUGAUGUAACAUGUGGAUCUAUUCUUGGCAUUUCUCUAGCAUAUUUCUCAUAUAGAAGCUCAAUUUUGGAAAACGUAAAAGGUUGGGAGCCAGGUUAUGAUUUUUGGGAGAUGCGUAACGAUCAAUGGUGGCUUUAUAUGUCCUGCCUAGGAAAUGACGCUGGCUGGUCGAAGAGAUUGUGGGAUAAUGUAGACGCGAUUUACGAAUCAAUCAAUAGACUGUCUGAUAUUUUCAUGCCGGAUUGGCGUACGGACCAACGGGUGCUAGCAUAUACAGUUCCAAUAAAUGUAAUUUUUGUGGGCUUGUAUCGACUAAUGGUUAGAGAACAAUUGUCUGAGUGGAUUUGGUAUCCAACGGUUCUUGCGUCAAACGCACUCAUGAACAACCUGCUUUACGGAGGCCUCCUUGUAUAUUUUGGCCACAUUGCACCCGGCCUUGUUGAGUUGGCUAUUUGGCGUGGGAUUCAAUUUGGCGUCCCGGCUUUCCUAAUAUUUUAUAGACUAGAAUGGAUACCUUUACGUGUUGCAUCAAUGAUCUUCGACCGUCAGAGAAGGUUGGCCGCUGCUGGACGUGAUUGGGACAACAUUCAAAAUCAGCAAGAUCGAGAGGAGUUGGCUCUUACUCAGUGGUGGAGAGGAGGUUUACUCCGUCUUGUUCGUCUCGAAAUUGCUAAAAUGAUUGUUCAAUGUUCGACUGUAUUAACUACGCUUCUGGAUGCGUGUAGGUCUCUUUGGGUCUAUCGCGACACUCGACGGGGUUUGAGGAACCGAGUCGCAGAUCUUGCAGAGCAAAUUACCGUCAUGGAACAGCGACUAAGUAACGCUAUAGAGGGCCGAAAUGGUUGGAGGAGGAGGUUUCUGCAAAUGCUGAGAUUGCGAAAUAGAUGCAUAGAACAUCAUCACCAUUUUGAACUUCAAGAUGAGAAACAGGUGGCAUAUGAUGAACUGUUGGCAAAAUUCAACGCACAACGUCAAGCUUCAAGUGUCUUGAUAUUAGCCGGGGGUCCAGCUAGAGCGACAGAAAAGUUGCUUGGAGUGGCUAUUCACACAAGGGAUUUGCACCGUAAACAGAUCCAAACUCUUGUUUCUUCUUUCAUAGAAGCUGGUGCUGAGAUGGCCGUACUCAAAGAUAGAGUCAAAACGUUAGAAGAGGAUCUCAAAACCGUCAACGAUGGCAGGGCAAUGAUGUUGUGGCGAGAGACGGCGCAAGAAAAUCUUGAAUUGAGGAGACAGGCACAGGAAGAGAUUUUGGAACGAGACGUGACAAUUAAACAUUUAAGGGACCAUCGAGAUGAAAGUGCUGUAACAUCACUUAGUUUGGAUUCUAGAGGACAACAAAUCUUGCGAAAACUGCAAGAGAGGUUGAUAAGUGCGGAGAACGAUCUCGCCCAUUCCGAAAUGAUAGUUGAGAAAUCGAAGUUUGAUGAAGUCAGGCAUGAAGAAGAGAUGGAACAAAUCAAGAGGAAUGCAUUAUAUGGGGAGCCCGAGCGACUGGGGGAGUUGUACACGGAUGCAGUCAUCCAGACUGAUGAGCUGACAGAAGGGCUCAAGAGGUUUGAAUUUUCUACAGAUCCAGAACAUGAUAUUGAGGCUGUUCAACGUCACUGUAAUCAAGAAAAGGAAAACUUACAACGCGAAAUUGCGACCAAGGACGUGCAACUAUCUACAUUUAAGGCACAAAUUGACCAUGCGAUGGGCUCUAUGAACUGGGCUGAUGAUAAAUUCGAGCCUCUGGACAAGUAUUUUGGUUUUAUCCCUGGCGCAAAAGGCGAGAUCAGACGCUUGUCGACCGCACUUGAGAAGGUUCAUUUCCAAAAUAUAGUACCUCAAGCACUUGAAAUGGCAGAUCAAAUGCGUUACUUGGAAAAUUUGACUACCGAAAAGAAUCGUUUACUAGAUGAGAGACAAAGUAUUCAAGUGAUUCUAGCCGAGCUUUCGCAGAACAAAACUCAAAGUGAAGCGGAACUGGCCAGAUUAAGAGAUCGGGUGGCUCGAAGGAACAUACAAGUGACUAACCUGAAGACACGAAAUACGGAGUUGCAAGUUCAACUCAGAGAAACACAAGCGGCAGCACCACCACUAGCGGAAGCGCUGAAUAUUAUGGGAGUAGCGACUCCCGUCAUAGCAAUUUACUUGAGGAACCUCUUGGCCUUGGAGAGAGAAAUGCGAGAAAAAGGAAGAGAGAUAGCAGACGUCCCAGAUAUUCCGGGAGUCAAUAGUAUUCCACGUGUAGAAGGAGAGCCUAUAGAAAUCUCUGUAUUGAGACGUUGCAACCAGGCAAAAGUCCGGUUUGACAAUCUAUCAAGAUUGGUAAGAGAGAGUGAUCCUCCAUGGCUAGGAGCGACAGAUGACUGGGUGGAUGAUAAUACGGACAGUCUGGAGAAUUUGAAUGCGCGUAGGCUUAGUCGGAUAUUAAAAUUGAAAGACGUUUGGGAUUAUAUCGGAACAUUACAUUACGACACCAUUCUUUUCGUCCGCGAAAUCUGUCAAAAUUUCGGCGUAGAACCUGGUGUUGAACUACCAGAGAGACCCCAGUCUCCAUCGCCUGCACCUUCCCCAACUCCAUCUCCGCCACCUCCUCGUUCUAGAGAUAGAGAUCUAUUUCCAGCAGUAUUCACAAAGUAUGAGUUGUUUGACAUCGAGAGAUGGAAUGUGUUUCCACACGAUCAAGAGAAUAUUACUCCUGCUUUUAGUGUGAUCUCGGCGUUGCAACGAUCCAUCCAGGAAAAAUUACCGUAUCACAAUGAAGGCGAUCUUGAGCCCAUUGUAUUUGAAGCCCACUUAGCAGGUACACUAGGUCGAGAUAUUAACUUCCUGAUCGACCCAAUUCAUGAACGAGAGGUCGCUGAAGCUCUAUAUAAAAUCAGGCAUUCAUUUGUUCUGAAGACCGUUACACAAUUUCCCCGACGAAAUGAUGGCUUCAGGUAUCUGUCCCGGGAAAUUCUGUAUCCGGAUACUUUGGAAGUUAUUCUACCGAGAACGGUCGUUGUAUUGUAUUUAUCAGAUAACAUUUGGCAGGGUAUGAGCUUGAAGCCAGUUGAGUCUGAGCAUGAGUCUGACAGUGGAUCUGAUGUUCAAGCCCCUCCACCAGAGCCACGCUUACCUCCGCUGGUGGAAUUCGAUCUAACAGACUGGAAAGUAGAUUAUAUUGUCAGCAGGUGGACAAUUCCUGGACAAGCUGUUUUACGUGAAGGUCUAUCUUCAAUAAUUGCAGUGGCAAAUUCCUUGCACUGGCAGUAUCCAGGCGUGUUAUGGAAUAACACAAGGGCAAACGAAGCCUAUGAAGAUCUCUUUGACAGAUUCCAGAGAGUUCAUCCACACCACGACGAAGAUUAUUUUCCGGAGCAUAUUCAAAUGGUGUUAGAAGAUAUACUAAGAAAUGGAGAUACCAGACCGCAUUACAGACUCGCAGCUAUUACUCCACACGAGGUAGCUGCUGGAGAUUUCAGAUUUUUUGUGAGUAUUUAUGGGGGUGAUUCAGAGAGUUCUUUGCUUUACGUAGCUUACCAACCGCGAAUUGGAUGGAGGGGUAUGCGGAGAAGGCGGGAUGGUGAUUCUGAAGGCUUCCUUGGGGUUUUAGAAUGGGGCUUCUCAGUCCAGCAGCCACAAGCCGAAGAGAUACGAUCCGUAGAGCUGCCAGCCGGAAGGCUACCUGCUGAGAGACUACCCGCUGAAAGGCUACCAGUCAACCCUAUUGUGAUUGAUGAGCCAGUCGAGGCACCACCAAUACUACCGACUGUCAUUUUACCCAGGAUUGAGAAUUAUGGCAUAAAUUCUAUCAAAGCCCCAUUUAACAGAGAUGGAUGGACCUUCAACAUCGAUCUAGAACAUUUCAACGAAGGUUUGACACGUGGUGGCAAUCGAACACCUUGGAUACAUGAUUGUGCCCCACGAGCAUUGUAUUAUUCAAUCCACCAUCAACAUCCCAACUAUUUGCGAGGUAAUCUCACUCUGGAAUCAAUAUUGCAAGCGUUCGAUGAUGUUUUUCCCCGACACGAAAAUUCUUGGAAAGAUGAAGAAGUCGCUAGAGUCCUCAAAGGAUAUCCGACACUAGGGGGAUAUGAACUUGCGAUUGUCAAUUGUGUGGUUUAUGACGAUCAUACUAUCGUUGCUAUAGAUUGGUCUCAACCAGAAGGAUAUAAUCCUGCAAAUGUAAACUUAUUGUAUGUUGCAUCAGUUAUUGAUUGGCGAAUAGGAUACUGUCAGGAAGAUGAUAGACACCAUUGGGUGGGUAUGAAAUAUCGGGAUGGCGAAGCAGUACCAAAUCCUCGGUUGUUCAGACCCCAACCAGUCGUCCCUCCUUACAAGCCUCCAAAAUCAAUAUUCGUAUCUCUACUGGAUGCAGCGACAACCAGUCAAGCGACAAAUAAAAACCCUGCGUCCAAGAGUAGCGCAUCUAGUUGGUCUAAUUUCGAUAGUUCGAAAAGCUUUGUAUCCCAGUCUGGUAAAAAAUGGGUUCCACCGUCCACUGUACCCAUGAACCUUCCUAUAACUAUGAUACCCGCUGUUCAAACUGGGGAACAGUUUGGUACUGCCGUGCAACAACAAAAUCAGCCACCACCACCAAGCUUACAACCCGCUUCAUCUUCCUUCAAAUUGCAAUAUUGGUCGCCAUUUGGGACUGCUGCGCAGCAACAGCAACAACCACCAGGUUCGAAACCCCACCUAUCAGCUGUUCCAUUUGGCGAACUGUUUAUUCAUCCCACGCCGCCACAACAGCCGCCACAACCACCGCAGCAGUCGCAGCAAGGUCAAAAUGCACGGGGACAAGUAGGUUUUGGUAUGAAUAUCGCUAGUAGGAACGAACAAAUGGAACUUGCGCGCAAACUUCAAGCGGAACAGAGUCAUGGAGGUAAAUUUUCGAAGAAGGAUAAGGAGUCGAAGAGCAUACAUGGAAUGGACAAGGAAACGGGGAUCGGUAGGGGGAAAAAAGGAGGCAGAGGAAGAGGAAGAGGGAGAGGAAGAGAUAGAGGUAGAGGUAGAGGGGAGGAUGGAGGGAGCGGACGGAAAGAAGAUGAUAGUGGUGCUGGUGGUGGAGGAGGCGGUGGAAGCGCGGGUGCUGCUGGUAAUGAUUGGGAGGAUGAAAUCUGA